UGCUCCGCCUCGCAAAGUUCUGCCCUGCCCAGCGACCCUUCUCCUAACCACCAGCACAGCUCAGAGAUGGAGAGGGAACUGCACUAAUCUUGCUUGAUUUUCUAUUAUUUGCACCCCACUCGUUUUCUCCAAGAUUUUUAGAAGACUGUAUGAUGGCUGUACCCGUUGAGGAAGCCAUUGCUGCUCUAUCGACAUUUUCGCUGGAGGAUGAGCAACCGGAGGUCCAGGGUCCUGGAGUGUGGAUCUCAACUGAAAGAGGUGCAACGGAUAGUCCUGUAGAGUAUAGUGACGUUUCUGCAUACCGCUUAUCGCUUUCAGAGGACACAAAAGCUCUCAAUCAGUUGAAUGCCCUCAUUCAAGAGGGGAAGGAGAUGGCAUCUGUGCUUUACACAUAUCGCAGUUGUGUUAAGGCACUUCCUCAGCUUCCGGAUUCUAUGAAGCAAAGUCAAGCUGACCUAUACUUGGAGACAUACCAAGUUCUGGACUUGGAAAUGAGCCGUCUUCGUGAAAUUCAGAGGUGGCAGGCAUCAGCUUCUUCCAAAUUAGCUGCUGACAUGCAGCGUUUCUCACGGCCUGAGAGGCGCAUAAAUGGGCCUACAAUUUCUCAUUUGUGGUCUAUGUUGAAGUUGCUUGAUGUUUUGGUGCAACUUGACCAUCUGAAAAAUGCUAAAGCUAGCAUACCUAAUGAUUUUUCAUGGUAUAAAAGGACUUUCACACAAGUCAGUGGUCAAUGGCAAGACACUGAUUCGAUGAGGGAGGAGUUAGAUGAUUUACAGAUUUUCUUAAGCACAAGGUGGGCGAUCUUGUUGAAUUUGCAUGUUGAGAUGUUCCGUGUGAACAAUGUAGAAGACAUUCUGCAAGUUCUCAUAGUCUUUGUUGUAGAGUCAUUGGAAUUAGAUUUUGCACUUCUCUUCCCAGAACGUCAUGUUCUUCUUCGUGUUUUGCCUGUUCUUGUUGUCCUGGCAACAUCAUCGGAGAAGGAUAGUGAGUCUCUGUACAAGCGGGUGAAGAUCAAUAGACUGAUCAAUAUAUUUAAGAAUGAUGCAGUCAUUCCCGCAUUUCCAGAUUUACAUCUGUCUCCAGCUGCAAUAAUGAAGGAGUUAACAACAUAUUUUCAAAAAUUUUCUUCUCAGACUCGUCUUCUUACUCUUCCAGCCCCUCAUGAACUCCCACUUCGUGAAGCACAAGACUAUCAGAGACAUUAUUUGAUCAUCAAUCAUAUUGGGGUUAUCCGUGCUGAGCAUGAUGAUUUCACUGUUCGUUUUGCUUCAGCCAUGAAUCAGCUGCUUCUGUUGAAGUCAACUGAUGGUUCAGAUGUUGAUUGGAGCAAAGAAGUCAAGGGGAAUAUGUAUGAUAUGAUUGUUGAAGGUUUUCAGCUCUUAAGCAGAUGGACUGCACGUAUCUGGGAGCAAUGUGCAUGGAAAUUUUCUCGCCCUUGCAAGGACGUAACACAUGUAGAAUCAUAUGACUCUUCUGCGUCAUUCUCUGACUAUGAAAAGGUAGUGCGAUAUAAUUACACUGCAGAGGAAAGGAAAGCGCUGGUUGAAUUAGUCAGCUACAUAAAGAGUGUUGGAUCUAUGAUGCAGCGAUGUGAUACACUGGUAGCUGAUGCUUUAUGGGAGACAAUACAUGCUGAGGUCCAAGAUUUUGUCCAGAAUACACUAGCUACUAUGUUGAGGACUUCCUUCCGAAAGAAGAAGGACCUCUCUAGGAUUCUUUCUGAUAUGCGGACUCUUUCAGCAGAUUGGAUGGCAAAUACAAAUAAGUCAGAAUCAGAGUUACAGUCAUCGCAGCAUGGAGGUGAAGAGAGCAAAGGAAACUUCUUUUAUCCAAGGGCAGUUGCCCCAACUGCUGCUCAGGUGCACUGCUUGCAGUUCUUAAUAUAUGAGGUGGUUUCUGGCGGGAACCUAAGGAGGCCAGGUGGGCUUUUUGGCAAUAGUGCGUCAGAAAUUCCUGUUAAUGAUCUAAAACAACUGGAGACAUUUUUCUACAAGCUUGGUUUUUUUCUUCAUAUUCUGGACUAUACAGUCACUGUGGCAGCAUUGACAGACCUUGGUUUCCUAUGGUUUCGAGAAUUUUAUUUAGAGUCUUCUCGAGUCAUUCAGUUUCCAAUUGAGUGCUCUCUUCCCUGGAUGUUGGUGGAUUGUGUACUUGAGUCACCAAAUUGUGGGCUUCUGGAGAGUGUUCUGAUGCCAUUUGAUGUCUAUAAUGACUCAGCCCAACAAGCAUUGGUGGUGCUGAAGCAACGAUUCCUCUAUGAUGAAAUUGAGGCUGAGGUGGACCAUUGUUUUGAUAUAUUUGUUUCAAAAUUAUGUGAAACUAUUUUCACAUAUUAUAAAAGCUGGGCAGCAAGUGAAUUACUUGAUCCUUCUUUCCUCUUCACCUCAGACAAUGCCGAAAAGUAUGCUGUACAGCCUAUGAGGUUCAAUAUGCUGCUGAAGAUGAUUAAAGUCAAGCUACUUGGGAGGACAAUCAACCUGCGAAGUUUGAUCAUUGAAAGGAUGAACAAGGUUUUCCGUGAAAAUCUGGAGUUUCUUUUUGAUCGUUUUGAGUGUCAGGACCUGUGCGCCAUAGUGGAACUGGAGAAGUUAUUGGAUGUCUUAAAACAUGCCCAUGAAUUGCUGUCUAGAGAUCUUUCUAUAGAUUCGUUCAGUCUCAUGCUGAAUGAGAUGCAAGAGAACAUUUCUCUUGUGUCCUUUUCUAGUCGACUGGCCUCUCAGAUUUGGUCAGAGAUGCAAAGUGAUUUUUUGCCCAAUUUCAUUCUUUGCAAUACCACUCAACGUUUUAUCAGAUCAACAAAGAUUACUCCUCUGCAGAAGCCAUCUAUACCCUCUGCCAAGGCUAAUUUCUAUUGCGGCACUCAAGAUUUGAACUCUGCUCAUCAAAGUUUUGCACGAUUGCAUAGUGGAUUCUUUGGAAUACCUCACAUGUUUUCAGUUGCUCGACUUCUAGGUUCCAGAUCAUUACCAUGGCUCAUUCGAGCUCUCCUGGAUCACAUAUCCAACAAGAUAACUAUGAUUGAACCAAUGAUCACUGGAUUGCAAGAAUCAUUGCCGAAAACUAUCGGACUUCUGCCUUUCGACGGAGGUGUGACAGCCUGUGUGAGGCUUGUUAAAGAACAUCUUAACUGGGGGGCAAAGUCCGAGCUGAAAGCAGAGGUUCUCCGUGGGAUUAAAGAGAUUGGAAGUGUACUAUACUGGAUGGGCCUUCUAGAUAUUGUGUUGAGAGAAAGAGAUACAAUGCACUUCAUGCAAACUGCUCCUUGGUUGGGCUUGGUUCCUGGUGCAGACGGACAAGUGUUAAAUGCUCAUGAUGGUGGAGACAGCCCUGUUGUUAAUCUCUUUAGAUCAACAACUGCUGCGAUGGUGUCAAGCCCGGGAUGCCCAAACCCUAAUUCUUUCCACAUCAUGGCAAAACAAGCAGAAGCUGCAGAUCUUUUAUACAAGGCUAACUUGAAUACUGGAAGCGUGCUGGAGUAUGCCCUUGCUUUCACAAGUGCUGCGUUAGAUAAAUACUGUAGCAAAUGGAGUGCUGUGCCCAAGACAGGCUUCAUUGACAUUACAACUACUAAAGAUUUCUACCGCAUAUACAGUGGUCUCCAACUUGGAUAUUUAGAAGCAUCUGUCCAAGUACCAGCAAAUAGUCAUGAAAGGCUGGGUGAUUCAGUGGCUUGGGGUGGCUGCACCGUAAUAUAUUUGCUUGGGCAACAGCUGCAUUUUGAGCUCUUCGACUUCUCAUAUCAGAUCCUCAAUAUUGCAGAAGUAGAGGCUGCAUCUGUGUUUCCAACAAAUAAGAACUCGCAUUUUCAUGUACAGGGAUGGGAUGCGUUACUGGAAGCAAUGAAGAAAGCAAGGAGAUUAAACAAUCAUGUAUUCUCUAUGCUGAAAGCACGCUGUCCCUUGGAAGAAAAGACAGCUUGUGCUAUCAAGCAAAGUGGUGCUCCGCUCCAUAGAAUUAAAUUUGAGAACACGGUCUCUGCUUUUGAAACCUUGCCACAGAAAGGGGCCUAAACUAGUGCCGUGCUUCUUCCCAAUUCCUUGACGUUCUUAUUGUGUAAGUAAUCUGAUGUAACUGGCGUGUCUAUAUAUGUAUUCGACUGUUUAAUUUGCAUGUAAUUGAUCAUAAUACCUGAACACUGGCUCCCGUUCGGAUGACGAAAUGGGAGGGCAGUGUUUGGUGACUGGAUGAGCCAUCAUUGCCUAAGAUUUAACUUGAACAUCAUGCCAAAUCACCGUCGUGAGGAGGCAUGUCAUACUGGCGUGAUUUUGAUGCUUUAUACCAGGAAAGAUUACGUGGUUGGGCAUUUGAAUUUGUAAUUCAUGUCUCAGUGAAACAUCGGGAACUGGCUUGGCUGAACUCAUUAAAAUGUGGUAUUUUGGUUUCAGGACAUGUAAUGGUCUUAUCUCAACAUGUUUUCCCUCAUAAGGCAUCUUGACAUAGGUAGCGUCUACCUAUUUAUUAGUUUGGCAUGUAUAAUACGUUGGUUUUCCAGUGGAAUACUUUUGGUUUUCAUGUUCAUGUUUCAUCUCUGAUGAUUUUAAAUUUGCUGGAAGGCUUUGUAUGUGUUGGUUCUGCUAUUUAACUAGAGAAGACUUUAGAAUUACUAUGGAAGAUUUUCAGCAUGUUUUUCAGGGAAUCA